UUCCAAGACAUACUGACAAUUUAGUUUUAUUUAUAAGCCUGAACAAGAUUCAUUUUGAUCAGGAACAAGAGUUUUGUUUUGUUUAAUUGAAACAAUGAUCCAUGGCACUGUUUAUUUCUUCAGGCUACUGAUGAUCAAAAGGUCCUCAUUAAGACACUAGUAUCUGAAAAUAGGUGACAUUCUUAAAUUUUUAGGUUGAAAAGUGACUUAAGAAGCCAUCUAGUUGAACUCCCUCACUUUCUAUGGAAGAAAUUGAGGCACAGAAAGAUUAAGUGACUUGCUCAGGGUCAGAGAGGCAGUAAUAAAAGGAAAAUCCAGAAUUCAAACUCUGGGCCUCUGACUCCAAAUCAAACACUAUUUCUACUAUACCAUUCUGUCCAACAAAGGAAAAGGAGUAGAUUUUAAUUCUACUCUUUUAAUUCUGCAUUUAUUUCUGAAGGGCAAAAACACAAUCCCCUUGACUUGGUAUUUUAUAAUAGAGAACACAGGCAAUUUGGUUCCUGGAAGUCUGAAAACCAGCAUUCCUUCUAUGCAGAGGAUGUACCAGAUAAAAAGAAAGCACUGCAAAGAACCUCAUCAUUUCUACAUUUUAUAGUCUCAAUAAAACCUGGAACAAUAUUACACCUUAGAGGCAGAAACCAGGUUCUUUUUUUUUUCCUUUAUGUCCUUCUAAUGGACCAGGUUUAAGGCCUCACAACCAAAAAAGCAUGGGAUAGUAGAAAGAGCAUUGGAUUCUAAAUGUAAAAACUAGCCCCAUUUGGGGCGGGUCACAUAGCUUCUAAUGAUUCAUUUGUAAAAUGAGGGAGUCAGUGUGAAUUAUUUCUACCGGCUCUUUUGACACACAAUCCUAUGAUUUCUAUAUCAGCAUCUUAAUGCUCCCUUCACACACUGGUAAUUUAAAAUCAAGAGGUGCCAUCAGAUGUUACCCACACCCAAUACCCAAAUUUGGUAGAUGGAAUUGAGAGUAAACUUCACCACCGCCACCACCAAUCUUGAAAAAUAAAGGCUUCCUCUUGCCAAAAUGACCACUCUUAGAGAUGGUCCACACUAGCCCAUCUUGAGAGACAGUCCAGAGAUGUAGCUAAGCUUGAUGGGGGCAGCAUUAUAGAGGCAAGCGCCCUGAAUUUGAAUCCCUGCUCUGCCACUUACUUGCUAUGUUUUCCCUAGCCUUUGUAAAAUCAGAGUUUAUUUGUUCUUUAGUUCAAAAUUUGUAGCCUCGAUUUUUUUUUCCAGUAGAUAGAUAAUAUCAAUCCUGCCUUUCCUUAACCCCUUUUAAAAAAAAAAUCUCCUCCUUAAGCAAGCUGCGCAUACGAAAUUUGAAUACGAUGCCCAGGGUUCCAGUAGAACAGAGGAUAGCAGAAAAUAGACAGAAGAGCCAGCUUCCUCAAUAUAGACGGAAAGAUCUCGAAGACUACAUCUCCCGACAGUGACAAAAUGCCCCACAGAGACUACAUCUCCCAGAAUGCAGCACGACUGACGUAGGACUCAUCUUCCCAGGAGUCCGUGCGCCUGGUUAAAGUGAUGCCUGCUAGGGAGCCAGACCAGAUCCUAGUCUCCGCACAUCCUCUUAACUGUUCGGAAUCUCGUGAAGCGAGCAAAAUAGCCAAAGACAGAUCCUCCGAGAUUCCGAUUCCAAACCGUUUCUGCUUACGUCAAAGAAAUUUUCCACUUCCGAGUCCGGAAGGAAGAUCUUUCUGUUUUGAUUUCCGGUUCCCGGUUACAGUGGUUGCCGUGGAGACGGCAACGCGGAGCAAUCCUGGGGGCGAUGGCGGGCCUAACCGGGGCCCAGAUCCCGGACGGAGAGUUCACGGCGGCCGUAUACCGCCUUAUCCGGGACGCCCGCUACGCCGAGGCGGUACAGCUUCUGGGCGGAGAGCUGCAGCGGAGCCCGAGGUGCCGGGCUGGUCUCUCCCUGCUAGGCUACUGCUACUACCGCCUGCAGGAGUUCGCGCUGGCGGCCGAAUGCUAUGAGCAGCUGGGGCAGCUGCACCCCGAGCUGGAGCAGUACCGCCUCUACCAGGCGCAAGCCCUCUACAAGGCCUGCCUCUAUCCCGAGGCCACGCGAGUGGCCUUCCUGCUCCUCGACAAUCCUGCCUACCACGGCCGAGUUCUCCGCCUCCAGGCCGCAAUCAAGUACAGUGAAGGUGACCUACCUGGGGCCCAGAGCUUGGUGGAGCAGCUGCUAAGUGGGGAAGGAGGCGAUGAGACCGGAGGGGAAAGCGAGCCCGAUGGCCAGGUCAACUUAGGCUGCCUGUUGUACAAGGAGGGCCAGUACGAUGCUGCCUGCGCCAAGUUCGGUGCUGCACUGCAGGCAUCAGGCUAUCGUCCAGACCUUUCCUACAAUCUGGCCCUGGCCUAUUACAGCAGCCGACAUUAUGCUCCGGCCCUGAAACACAUUGCGGACAUCAUAGAACGAGGCAUUCGCCAGCAUCCAGAGUUGGGUGUAGGGAUGACCACUGAAGGCAUCGAUGUGAGGAGUGUUGGCAACACCCUGGUGCUCCACCAAACCGCCCUAGUGGAGGCCUUCAACCUCAAGGCAGCCAUAGAGUACCAGCUGAGGAACCAUGAGGCUGCUCAGGAAGCCCUCACUGACAUGCCUCCCCGAGCUGAGGAGGAGUUAGACCCUGUCACCCUGCACAACCAGGCCCUGAUGAACAUGGAUGCCAAACCCACAGAAGGAUUUGAAAAACUACAGUUUUUGCUUCAGCAGAACCCUUUCCCCCCAGAGACUUUUGGUAACCUGUUGCUUCUCUAUUGCAAGUACGAAUAUUUUGACUUGGCUGCAGAUGUUCUGGCAGAAAAUGCUCACCUGACAUACAAAUUUCUCUCACCUUAUCUCUAUGACUUCUUGGAUGCCAUGAUUACCUGCCAGACAGCCCCUGAAGAAGCUUUCCUUAAGCUAGAUGAACUAGCAGGGAUGCUGACUGAGCAGCUGAGGAAACUUACUAAGCAAGUACAAGAAGCAAGGCACAAUAGAGAUGAUGAAGCUGUUAAGAAGGCAGUGAAUGAGUAUGAUGAAACUUUAGAAAAAUAUAUACCAGUGUUAAUGGCUCAGGCUAAAAUCUACUGGAACCUUGAGAAUUAUCCAAUGGUGGAAAAAAUCUUUCGCAAAUCUGUGGAGUUUUGUAAUGACCACGAUGUGUGGAAACUGAAUGUUGCUCACGUUCUGUUCAUGCAGGAAAAUAAAUAUAAAGAAGCAAUUGGUUUUUAUGAGCCCAUAGUAAAGAAGCACUAUGAUAACAUAUUGAAUGUGAGUGCCAUUGUAUUGGCUAAUUUGUGUGUCUCAUAUAUUAUGACAAGUCAAAAUGAAGAAGCAGAGGAGUUGAUGAGGAAAAUUGAAAAGGAGGAAGAGCAGUUAUCUUAUGAUGAUCCAGAUAAGAAAAUCUACCACCUCUGCAUAGUAAACUUGGUGAUAGGAACUCUGUAUUGUGCCAAAGGAAAUUAUGACUUUGGUAUUUCCAGAGUUAUCAAAAGCUUGGAACCCUAUAAUAAGAAACUUGGAACUGACACCUGGUAUUAUGCCAAAAGAUGCUUCCUUUCUCUCCUAGAAAACAUGUCUAAACACAUGAUCAUGCUGCGUGAUAGUGUCAUUCAAGAGUGUGUACAGUUUCUAGAACACUGUGAACUUUAUGGUAGAAACAUACCAGCAGUCAUCGAACAACCACUAGAAGAAGAAAGAAUGCACAUUGGGAAGAAUACAGUUACAUAUGAAUCCAGACAACUGAGAGCAUUGAUCUAUGAGAUUAUAGGAUGGAAUAUGUAAUUACUACUUUGGACUAUUACUUCUCCCUUCAUGCCUGGCACUCAAAUGAGUAUAGCAUUUUUAUCUUGUAUCUGACAUUUGUAUUUUGUAUACUUUUUAGAAUGUAAUAAAAAUAAAUGGAAAAAUAUUUUUGAAAAGUCACACAAAAUAAAAACAAAAAAGCAAAAUCAAGCAGCCUAGGAGCUUAUAGAAAAAGAUUAUGAAUUGAUAUAGCAAGUUACUUUUAGUGUCAGUCACAAUACCCAUCCUUUUGUUAACAGUGGGAUUUUAUUCUUUUGACAUUCCACUUCAACAAAAGGCCAAGCAAGUCUAGAGCAGAAUAGGCAAGGUACACUUAGAGCUGCCUAGAAUAUAAUACCCUAAGGGGGUACAAUGAAGCACACAUUUAAAUAUUUUUUAUAAAUAUGUUUUAUGCCAGAAUACUCCAUUUUAGAUGGCAUAUAGGUACUAGUGUUGAGAUAAAUCAAGUUAUAUGUGUUAUGGGCACAAAGUUCCAAGUGGGCAGUAACAAUAUAUGGUACAAUUUUAUAGGCUUUGUAUAGAGUAUACAAAUGUAUUUUCUGUGGUCUUUUCCAUAUUGAUUAUAGUAUGCCAGAAUUAGGUACUAGUCACAUUCUUAUGAACCAUUUACAUAGCCAGUUGUAAUAAUAAUAAUUUAUAACAUAUCUACUGCAUAGAUCUUAGAAGGUAGUAAUUUGUAAAGCCUUUAUCUUGAAGGUUUAGACUACAAACAUAAUACAAACUUUGGUUUAUCACAAAAUGAUGGGCUUAGGGUAAUGGUAAGAAAGGGAAAAUUUUAAUGCCAGUUGUGGAGGAAGGUAAUACAAUUCCUCAAUUUAUUUCUUCCUAUUAGCAAAAUUGUAAAAGUUUUGUUGAUAAAGUUUUGUUGCCAGCAAUUUUCAUAAAAGAUGUAUAUAGUUGUA